AUGCGCAGAUCUGGCGUCGGGGGAGGUAUGGGCAGCGCAGACGGACAGCAGGCGUUCAUGACGUUGCCGGGCUCCGACACGCCGAUCCCUGUUCAGGUCGACUACUCGCAAGCGUCCAAGAAGGCAGACGAAAAGCGCCAGCGCAACGCCAAGGCGUCGACGAGGCACCGCAGGAAAAAGAAGACGAUGCAAGAGGAGAACCUGAGACAGCUCCAGGAUCUCAAGGACGAGCGGCAGCAGAUGAUGGAGGAGAUUGAUGACCUCAAGCGGCAGCGAGACUUUUAUCGAGAUGACCGCAACCGGCUGAGGGAGAUUGUGGCGCGGACGCCGGGCAUUCAUCAGCAUGCCGGCGGGCCAGCAAGCCCUUCGGAACAAGGCUCGGAUUCGCAUGCGGAGAGGAGCCCAGGACAGCACGCACAUAUGCCGACGCCGUCUCAGGGAUACGCGAGCGAUCCAUCGUCGGCAGAACGACCGGCCCAACGCCGAAGAACAGACGACCGCCCCGAUUUUUCGACACCAGUCUACGGGGCGUCAGUCGGCCCACCGCCGCCAGUCUUGGCAUCCCUGCCGGGGGCCUCGGGGUACGGGGGCCCGGUACGACCGCCGUCUGCUGCCUCGUCGGGCAGUGGCGAAAGACUGCCCCCCUUGAGGGCCAUGGAGGGACCACUGGCUGCUCAAGGCAUGGGAACUGGGCAGCCGCAGGAACAGGAUCCGAGAACCGGGCAGUGGCGGCCCGCCCAGCCACGUCAAUACGAGACCGGGUGGGCAACGGCGCCGAGAAAGGUGUACGACGGCCACGCCUCCCAAUGGCACUAA